UCUGUUCCUUUCCCUCACCUGUCCUUUUUCCGCCUCACUCCACCUGUACCUCAUCCCCUCGUUAGUGUGUGUGUGUGUGUGUGGAUAAAGUCUUUGAGUUCCCGCAUGUCUUCCCUCUGGCAUCAUCAACAGUGUCUCAACUUGUGAACCCUGGGAGCGAGGUAAACGCUCAACCAAAAGUGAGAGCCGAGGACUUUAGGACCCUGAGGAGCGCGGUGCUGAGUGGAGGGCGUCCCUGUGGAGGAGAGCAUGGGAGAGGAGUAGUGGAGCGUCGCCGCCGCUCGCCGCGCGCUCAUCCCGCCGAUGCUCAAGUGUUGCAUGCUGAAGAGUCCCGACGCUCUGCGAGAGAGCUCCAAUAGGAUGAAGGCUCGGUCUGCGGCUGGAAACGAGGGGAAAUGAAGAUGAAGACAAGAGUGUGCCAAGGAGUUAGUGGCAUCAUCAUUGUCACCAUGGUUACCGGCUUUAUGUUGGUGUACAACAGCAGCUCUGGUGGCAGAUCACCUUCCUCAACGGCAUCAUCAUCAUCGUCGUCCAGACGUUUAGAUAAAGCUGAUCCAUCCACCGACAAGCCGGAGAGACGGCAGAGAGACCAAACGUCAACACUUGAGGGUUACACAGGUGUCAUGGAUCACAAGCCUCUGAAGAUGCACUGCAGGACUUGUGCCCUAGUCACCAGCUCCGGCCAUCUUACUGGGAGCAAGAGAGGCGGAGAAAUCGACAGCUCUGACUGUGUAAUCCGUAUGAACGACGCUCCCAGCGUCAGCUAUCAGCAGGAUGUCGGUCAGCGCACGAGCCUGCGUGUCAUAGCUCACUCCAGCCUGCAGAGGGUGCUGCGGAGCCGACAGGAGCUGCUCAACGUGAGCCAAGACACAGCGUUCAUCUUCUGGGGCCCGAGCAGCCUCAUGAGACGGGAUGGAAAAGGGAACGUUUACAACCACCUCAAGCUGCUGAACCAGCUACUGCCCAAACUCAAAGUCUACAUCAUUUCCCGAAACAAAAUGCUGAAAUUUGAUGAACUAUUUAAAAAGGAAACGGGGGUUGAUAGGAAGAGUUCCAACUCCUGGCUGAGUACCGGAUGGUUCACCAUGGCCAUAGCCCUCGAGCUAUGUGACCGGACCAACGUGUUUGGCAUGGUGCCACCAGAUUUCUGCAGAUCCUCCUCCCAUCCCUCCGUGCCGUAUCAUUACUACGAGCCCUCUGGGCCCGACGAGUGCACCAUGUAUCUCUCCCACGAGAGGAGCCGGCGAGGAAGCCACCACCGCUUCAUCACGGAGAAGAAGGUGUUUGCAAACUGGGCUCGCACCCGCAACAUCCACUUUUACCAGCCGGACUGGAAGCCCACUGCCGUCGCCACCAACAUGAACAGCUCAUACACUCCUGGAUCCUGAGGUUCACUCCAGGGACAAUCUCAGAAGUGUAGAAUAUGUGCAUGGACAGAUUCCAGCGUGCAGCUUCUCUCUGCAGCUGAUAUGAAUGCAUGAGACAGCAGUAGGACAGACCAUGCAACUGUUGUGGCUGUUAGCCUACUGCCUAAGCUGCUUGGCAGAAUGGGAUCAUUGCAUAAUAGCGGCAGCACAAAGCCUCAACAAUGUUUUCGGAAGUGUAACUAUAAUAGGAUGAAUUUCAUACUGGAAUCAAAGCCAUGGAGAUGGGCUCAAGUGUAUUUUUUUUUUUUUUUGCUCUCUGUAGAGCGGCUUUAAUAACACUUGAGCUGUCAGACGGGCAUGAGACAGUACAGGGCUGCAAUAACUGCAGCAUGAUUGAUUCAUUUUCAUUAAACUGAAUUCAUAAAGGGCUGUGAGGUCAUCUCCCCAUUGUCUCUGUGAAUGUGACAGUGAGUUUAUGCUUCACACACAAAUUAAACAUGGUUUUGUCUUCAAAGCUGAUUGUGAUAUUUUAGUCACUAUAAUUGAAUGUGUACACACUUUAUUCAAACAGUUGUCCAAUUUUCAACAAUAUGAUGAACAGUGGAAAAGGUGUGACCGCUACAGUUGCAGACACCGUAUAAUUAGGGUGUAGUUGUUACAUACAGCCUAGUUAUACUGUGUAUUUCCAACCUUGUAACAUUCAAGUAGUCUACUUAUAUCACAACUGUGUAAAGGAAGAAAAAAGCUUCUGCUGCAAUUAUAAUGUUGGCACCUCAAACAGUUGCUUGUGCUGUUAGGAAUCAAGUUGUUGGAAAGGAUUCUUCACAAAAUCAGUGAAGUAAUAGAUUCAGUUCUAUUUUGAAGUGAUACAUUUUAAGGACACAUUAUGACCUCCUCAGUCUAGUGUAAUACACAGUGGUUAUCAACCCUUUGGUGUUGCAGCUGCCCGGAAACAUCAGGUUGGUGUUGGUGACCCAUCUCUUCAGCACUGGGACCUUUUUAACUGACAAACUGCGUCUGGAAAAAGUCCUAAAAGUGCCAAAACAGGGAGGCGAAUGUCCUAUCAGAGCAACCCCUGGAAGAAAUAAUCUCAUGACCCCCUUGGGGUUUGGGACCACCAGGCUGACAACCAAUGGUAUAACAGACUGAGAGCAGGCAGCCUUCCAGUCUAACACUGGGGCAGAUGGUGUGAGGCUACAACAAUUAUUGUCCAACAUGGAUUUGGGUCUGUUUUUGUUUAGUGCUGCAAUUAACUUUAACAGGAUGAAUUUAAGAUAUAGAUUUUUUUUUUUUUUGUUGACUUGAAUGAAUGUUAUGUCAAGGAAAUGUCAGAAAACUUGUGAAAAUGAUCCUUUAUAGUUUUUCAGAGCCUGUAGCGUGAGGUCUGAGUGUCUCGUAUUGUUCCCACGCACACUCCAUAUGAGAGAUUCAGUUUGCAGUUAUUUAAAAUGUAUCAGUAAAUUACUAAUGACAUUAAAUCCAAUAAAAAGUUA